UGCCCCUCUUCCUCUUCUUGAAGAUGGAGAAGAUGCUGGUGGGCUGCUUUCUGCUGGUCCUCGGACAGAUCCUCAUUCUCCUCCCUGUCGAGGCCAGGGAGCGGCCUCCCUCGAGGUCCGUGUCCAGAGGGAGACACUCUCGGACUCACCCCCAGACGGCCCUCCUGGAGAGCUCCUGUGAGAAUAAGCGGGCAGACCUGGUCUUCAUCAUCGACAGCUCCCGCAGCGUCAACACCCACGACUAUGCAAAAGUCAAGGAGUUCAUCGUGGACAUCUUGCGAUUCUUGGACAUUGGCCCUGACGUCACCCGAGUGGGCUUGCUGCAGUAUGGCAGCACCGUCAAGAAUGAGUUCUCCCUCAAGACCUUCAAGAGGAAGUCUGAAGUGGAGCGUGCGGUCAAGAGGAUGAGGCACCUGUCCACGGGCACCAUGACGGGGCUGGCCAUCCAGUAUGCCCUGAAUAUCGCGUUCUCAGAAGCAGAGGGUGCCCGGCCUCUGAGGGAGAAUGUGCUGCGGGUCAUAAUGAUCGUGACCGACGGGAGGCCGCAGGACUCCGUGGCCGAGGUGGCUGCAAAGGCACGGGACACGGGCAUCCUGAUCUUUGCCAUUGGUGUGGGCCAGGUGGACCUCAACACACUGAAGGCCAUCGGGAGCGAGCCCCAUGAGGACCACGUCUUCCUGGUGGCCAACUUCAGCCAGAUGGAGUCGCUGACCUCGGUGUUCCAGAACAAGUUGUGCAUGGCCCACAUGUGCAGCAUCCUGGAGCAUAACUGUGCCCACUUCUGCAUCAAUACCCCGGGCUCAUACGUCUGCAGAUGCAGACAAGGAUACAUCCUCAACUCGGACCAGACUACUUGCAGAAUCCAGGAUCUCUGUGCGGCAGAGGACCACGGCUGUGAGCAGCUCUGCGUGAAUGUGCUGGGCUCCUUUGUCUGCCAGUGUUACAGCGGCUUCAUGCUGGCCGAGGACGGGAAGAGAUGUGUGGCCGUGGACUACUGUGCCUCGGAAAACCACGGAUGUGAACACGAGUGUGUGAAUGCUGAUGGCUCCUACUUUUGCCAGUGCCCUAAAGGAUUUGCUCUUAACCCAGAUAAAAAAACAUGUGCAAAGAUAGACUACUGUGCCUCACCUAAUCAUGGAUGCCAGCACGAGUGUGUUAACACAGAUCACUCCUAUUCCUGCCGCUGCCUAAAAGGUUUUAUCCUGAAUCCAGAUAAGAAAACCUGCAGAAGAAUCAACUAUUGUGCACUGAACAAACCGGGCUGUGAGCAUGAAUGCAUCAACACGGAGGAAGGCUACUCCUGCCGCUGCCGUCGGGGCUACAGCCUGGACCCCAACGGCAAGACUUGCAGCCGAGUGGAUCACUGCGCGGAGCAGGACCAUGGCUGUGAGCAGCUGUGUCUAAACACCGAGGAGUCCUUCGUCUGCCAGUGCUCAGAAGGCUUCCUCAUCAACGAGGACCUCAAGACCUGUUCCAGGGUGGAUUACUGCUUGCUGAGCAACCAUGGCUGCGAAUACUCCUGCGUCAACACGGACACAUCCUUUGCCUGUCAGUGUCCCGAGGGACACGUGCUCCGCAGUGACGGGAAGACCUGUGCCAAAUUGGACCCCUGUGCUCUGGGCGACCAUGGUUGUGAACAUUCGUGUGUGAGCAGGGGAGACUCUUUUGUGUGCCAGUGCUUUGAAGGCUAUAUACUCCGGGAAGAUGGGAAAACCUGCAAAAGGAAAGAUGUCUGCCAAGCCGUAGACCAUGGCUGCGAGCACAUUUGCGUGAACAGUGAUGAGUCGUACAUCUGCAAGUGCCGGGAGGGGUUCCGGCUUGCCGAGGACGGGAAACGCUGCAGAAGGAAGGAUAUCUGCAAAUCGACCUACCACGGCUGUGAACACAUUUGUGUUAAUCGUGGCAACUCCUACAUCUGCAAAUGCUCAGAGGGAUUUGUUCUAGCUGAGGAUGGAAGACGGUGCAAGAGAUGCACUGAAGGCCCAGUUGACCUGGUCUUCGUGAUCGAUGGAUCCAAGAGCCUCGGAGAAGAGAAUUUUGAGAUUGUGAAGCAGUUUGUCACUGGCAUUAUAGAUUCCUUGGCGAUUUCCCCCAAAGCUGCUCGCGUGGGACUGCUCCAGUAUUCCACGCAGGUCCGCACAGAGUUUACCCUGAGAAACUUCAGCUCGGCCAAAGACAUGAAGAAAGCCGUGGCCCACAUAAAAUACAUGGGCAAGGGCUCUAUGACCGGGCUGGCCCUGAAACACAUGUUUGAGAGAAGUUUUACCCAAGUAGAAGGGGCCAGACCUCUCUCCGCACGGGUGCCCAGAGUGGCCAUCGUGUUCACAGAUGGACGGGCUCAGGAUGACGUCUCGGAGUGGGCCAGUAAAGCCCAGGCCAACGGUAUAACUAUGUAUGCUGUCGGGGUAGGAAAAGCUAUUGAGGAAGAACUACAAGAGAUUGCCUCUGAGCCCACGGACAAGCAUCUCUUCUAUGCCGAAGACUUCAGUACGAUGGGAGAGAUAAGUGAAAAACUAAAGAAAGGCAUAUGUGAAGCUCUGGAAGACUCGGACGGAAGUCAGGACUCCCCAGCAGGGGAACUGCCGAAGAAGGCCCACCAGCCAACAGAAUCUGAGCCAGUCACCAUAAAUAUCCGAGACCUACUUUCCUGUUCUAAUUUUGCAGUGCAACACCGAUAUCUGUUUGAAGAAGACAGUGUUUCACGGUCCACACAAAAGCUUUUCCAUUCAACAAAAUCUUCAGGAAGUCCUUUGGAAGAAAAACACGAUCAGUGCAAAUGUGAAAACCUAAUAAUGUUCCAGAACCUUGCAAAUGAAGAAGUGAGAAAGUUAACACAACGCUUAGAAGAAAUGACACAGAGGAUGGAAGCCCUGGAAAAUCGCCUGAGAUACAGAUGA